UGCAUGUUUUGUAGAUGUAAACAUGAUCAUGUCCUCUCUCCUGCAGAGCGCACCAUGGCCAGACACGAGGUGCGAGAGGUGGAGCAGAGACAGACACGGGACAGCCUGCGGGACUCUCCGGCAUUGCCUGAGAUUGAGGAUCUGAUUAUCAUCUAUAACCGUGUGCCCAAGACUGCCAGCACCUCCUUCACCAACAUUGCAUAUGACCUGUGCGGAAAGAACCGCUUCCAUGUUCUCCACAUCAACACCACCAAGAAUAAUCCGGUCAUGUCUCUGCAGGACCAGAUGAGGUUUGUAAGGAAUGUGACAUCCUGGCGAGAAAUGAAACCAGGUUUCUACCACGGCCAUGUCGCCUAUCUGGACUUCACAAAGUUUGGAGUCAAGGGAAAGCCGGUAUACAUCAACAUUGUACGGGACCCCAUCGAGAGGUUGGUGUCUUACUACUAUUUUCUCCGAUUUGGAGAUGAUUAUCGGCCAGGUCUCAGACGGAGAAAGCAGGGGGACAAAAAGACCUUUGAUGAGUGCAUGUCAUCAGGAGGUUCUGAUUGCGCUCCUGAGAAGCUUUGGUUACAGAUCCCGUUCUUCUGUGGCCAUUACUCGGAGUGCUGGAAUGUUGGCAGUAGGUGGGCUCUCGAACAGGCCAAGUAUAAUUUGGUGAAUGAGUAUCUGCUCGUGGGAGUGACUGAGGAGCUGGAGGAUUUCAUCAUGAUGCUUGAGGCAGCGCUGCCACGCUUCUUCAGAGGAGCGACUGAGCUCUACCGCACAGGCAAGAAGUCUCACCUGAGGAAAACGAGCGAGAAGAAACCUCCCACUAAAGAGUCCAUCUCAAAGCUGCAGCAGUCCAAUAUAUGGAAGAUGGAGAAUGAGUUCUACGAGUUUGCGCUGGAACAGUUUCAGUUUGUGCGCGCUCACAGCGUCAGGGAAAAAGACGGAGAGCUUUACCUGCUGGCUCAGAACUUCUUUUACGAGAAAAUCUAUCCAAAAGUAAACUAGAGUUGACAUUAGCAUGGUACAAGUGUCGUUUGGCCUGUUCAUGUACUGUUCUGUCACAUUCACUGGGAAGAGAAGAAAAGGACUUCUACAAUGUGGACACAAAUACCUGGAAGUCCUAGACUAGAGGGGCUGAAGGUUUUAUAGUGUGUUUUUUUGAGAUACUUCACACAGUCCUGACAGUGACGCUCGGUAUCUAGCCACUUUGAGCCCAGUAUCUUUUUAUGGACUUUUACAGCAGUGAAAACACUUGUGACAUCACCAUCAAAUUUUCACAUAAUUCAUCAUGCCUUGCAAAAGAAAAUGACAGAACCUCUUUGGCCAUCAGUCACUGUUGUAAAAAAAAAAAAUCCAUUUUGAACAGGGUCAAAAGGGUACUGCUUUUUGUACCAGACGUUUGGUACAUUAGAGCACCUCCUUAUUUUACUACUAACUGUGGUCUUGUGAAUUCUUAACACUUUCUUGCAUUGUGUAUAUUCAUUUUUAAUAGAAUGACAUGAACAGUGUUUACAGACUUUAGUAAAGGUAUUGUAGCCAGAGUUUAGAAUGUGGCCAAACAGAUUUCAUAUCUGUACAAAUUGUAUUU